AUGGGAGCGAGUGCGCGCUCCCAUCACUCCCUGCGCCGCGCCGUCGCGCUGGCACCCUGCGGACGUCUGCGAGGCAGACGCCUCACGGCUCACGGCGCAGGCGCGGAGAGCCGAGCGUGCGCGCGCAGCCCCGCGGGAAGGCGAGCGGAGCGUGGGGCGUCCGGGGUGGCAGUGCGCACGCCGGAGGGGGGCGUGGCUGACGAGGCGCUGGGUGAAAUCCUGGGAACCGGCUACCUCGAGACUUUUCUCGGCGGCGUGGUUAGUGGGGCUGGGUCCGUGCGGCGGCGCGAGGUGGGGCGGCGGGCUGAGGAGUCACGGCCGCGCUCUCCUGAUCUCGCUCAGGCUCUUCUCGCUCUUCACUUUGCAGGUGGCUGUGGGAUCCUGGCCUCGGAAGCACGCUGCUCUGUCCGGUGUCCGUCAGCAGAGCCUGUGACCCUGGCGGCCUCGCACUGCACAUUCUCAGGAUGGCCUGCAUCUGACGGUCCCUCGACUCUUACCGACUCAGCUCCCCUGGCCCUCAGCGUUUCCCUGGAAUGGCAGUCUGCCACGCCUUGUCCAGCUGCUUCUUGGCCUGUUGUGUUAUGCCUGCCACAUCUGUCUGCACCAGACCCCGAAUGGGCCCUUUCUUCCUGUACUCCUGGCAUACCUCAUGGCAGGUGUCAUUGGCAGAGCCCUGGUAAUCCUACACAGGUGGCAGCCAGUUUCACCAAUGCCCACCCUUGGCAGCAGAUGGAUGGUAGCUCACGGCGACCCUUGGUGGAUUUCUGGAUUGAGAGGCCCUUCUGUGGGAACCCCAUGUGUGUGUACACCACCAUGAAUCAGAAUAGCACAGCUAAUGAUUCUUCUGGCAGUAAGCCUCCAGAAAGAGGCCCUCCAGCUGGAUGCAUACCAGACCUCUGGCCACUCAGGACAGACCUCCACUGGGUUCCUAGUUCAACCUUUGAUGGCUUUCCAUGACUGCUAGUCUGUUUUUUGGCCCCACUGGGAGAUUAUAUUUUCCACUUUGAAUACCAUCAGGAAAAUCUCAGCUGUGUCUGUGAGAGCCUCAGUUGACUGACAGGCCUAGCCUAGCCUGAUGAUUAUGAACUCUUCUGCCAGGAUCUCAAAGAAAUUAUUCAAGACCCAAACAGUUUUGUUGAGUACCAUGCCACUGUCUCCUGUUCUCUGCCUUCCACAUCAAGCCAGUCUCCGGUGGCCCCCAGAGCUGCGUAGAGUAAGACAUUACAUGUUAGGUUCUCAGUGGGCCUAGCACUCAGAAGGAUACUCUCCUGAGGCCUGCUUUACCUGCUCCCUCCAACUCCUGCUUGGUCUAGGCCACCGAGCAGCAGCUGCCAAGGAGAGCUACCCUGGGCUCCAAGAGCCCGUGACCCAGUCUGAAUGCAGUGCUGUGAGGCCAGCUGCCUCCCAUCCAAAGGAUGCAGACCCCAAACUUGUCUCAGUACCUUCAAAAUCUGUUGACUCCUAUUCCUGAAGCUAGAGUCAGCUCAUCUGGGGAGCUGAGAACCCCAGAAAACAGAAGAAUUCUGAAACCUUAGGGGACCAGAAAGUAUCUCUGGGUACCAGACAUCCCAUAAGAGCCAUCCUUUGUUAUGUUCCCUAGUCCUCCCUCAUCCCUGCAUUCUGACCGUGCUCUAGAUGUACAUCAGUGUUCCUGGUGAUGAAGGGCUAUACAGCGAGGGGACCCACAGCACCCAGACAGCACAGUGCUGCUACAGAUGACUCCACUGACCCAUGGCUGGAUAGCUAGACAGGCAUGUGAGCUUUCCCUGCUCCUGCCAGAAUGUGGGCCUGUGUUGGGUUCCUAGGUGAGGUCCUAUCCCACCUGGAAGACCUGGAAGUACUGUUCCACCUGGCCAGUUCCUACAGGAAAGUUUCUGUAGGUCAGCCCCCAUCAGACUGUAGCACUCUUGCUAGAUGCUGCCUCCACAAAGAACCAUGAUGGCAUUUCUGGGCCCUCGCCCUGCCGUCUGGCCUCUGAUGCUAGACUGCUUGAAGUGGAAAGAAGACUGCUUGAAGGAAGCCACUGCUCCUUUUUAACUGGUUUGCUUUUUUGUUUUUGAGGCAAUGCUUCACUACAUAAUCUUGGCUGGCCUGGAACUUGAUAUGUACCACUCUGGCCUUGAUCUCACAGAGAAUCCCCUGCCUCUGCCUCUGACUUCUGGGUUUAAAUCUUUUUUUUUUUCCCAGUGGUGUAUCUAUGGAGUAUAAUGUAAUGGAUACAUGGAUGUAUAAUGAUCCAAUCUGGUGAUUGCUGUUUUCUUUUCCUAAAUGUUAAUCAUUUCUUUGUAUGGAAUUGUAUUUGCACUCCCUCAUGAUUCCUUAUAAAAUAUGAAAUGCA